AUGGCGACCGUGCAAAACUCCACCAUGACCGACCGUUUCAACGCCGAAGCCGCAGACUGGGACUCCAACCCCUUUGUGCAAGAAGCCACGAACCUCGCCUUUGAAAAGCUGCGUCCCCACAUCGAUGCUCACAUCGCGGCCGCAGACAGCCCCAUCGAUGUUCUUGAAGUUGGCUGCGGCACGGGCCUGCUCAGCACCCUCGUCGCACCCCUCGUGCACGAGGUCGUCGCGGUCGACACUGCACCGGGCAUGAUCGAUAUGCUGACGGCCAAGGCUGCGCAGCCUGAUCAGCCCCACAAUAUCAUCCCCAUCUGCAAAUUGCUCGAGGACCCGGAGGACCCGGCGCUACCGGCGGGUACCGACGGAUCUGGCGCCCGCCGCAAGUUCGAUCUGAUCCUGUCGCAUCUGGUCCUGCAUCAUGUGCCGGACGUCAAGGCCCUCUUGGUGACCAUGAUGGGCUGCCUGAAACCCGGGGGUCGCAUCCUGCUGACGGACUAUCAGGAUUCCGGGCCCGAGUGUAUGUGGUUUCACCCGCCGUCCAAGCUGGACGGUGUCGAACGGCAUGGGAUUCCGCGGAUUUGGAUGACGGAGCUGUUGGAGGAGGUGGGGUUUGUGCAGGUAAACGUGCGCACGGGGUGGGUGAUGGUCAAGAAGAUUCCGGGGUGGGAAGAGGAGGCACGGCGGGACUGGUACCCGUUUCCCUUUCUGAUUUGUGAGGGGGUGCGUCCGUGA